AAUGUUUGAAAAUGCCCCCACCCCUUUGAGAAUGAGCUAAGGGGAAGCUACUAUUAUACCCUACAUAAAUACACUAGGCUUUUGUCUGAUACCACAGCCCUGUGCUUAUCUCCAACACAACCACCUCAGAAAGCCUCAAAGAAUUGUGCUUAGGUAUGAAGGGCGAGGCCUUAGAUCAGCGGAACCUUAAAAAGCGGGGAUGAGACUGAAUGGAGUCCGAACGGAAAAGCAGCCUUCCCACACCACACCAGGUUUAGGACUUCCGCCCCGCAGGCCACCUGACUCCACCCCCACCCCCCACCCAACGUCCUCUCAGCUCAGGUUCUGCGCAGUCUCCUGGAAUAAUUUGCCGUCUCUAUGGCAACCCGGUAGCUGGUGUCUGAAGAUGGAGACCUUUGAUUCUACCGAGGGAUCAUCGCCGUCGCGAUCUUCCCACAUACAUCCCAACUCUCAAGGACGGGGGUCCUCUUCGGAAUCGUUUCCUUCUUCGGAUGGCGGUCCUAGGUUGGCCCCGGCAGCCGCAACCGCAGCAGCCGCAGCAGCUACUGCAGCCACCUCCACUGCCAGAGCAGAUGUAUUAUCUGUAAAGACCGAAGCGCCCUCUUCUGAGCAAAGCCUUCUCAUGGAUUCCGCUUCUGAUAGUCUUCUUGAGAAGCCCUGCACCGGGCCCAACUCAACCGACAUGAUAGGCCAUGAGAAAAUUGGCUUUAAGCCUGUCUAUGUUUCCUGUGUUCCUCGGGAUCCCUGUACUAUAAAUGGCCUUAGCUCUAGCCCUUGCCCUGAUACUGGCUCUAACGCUGGCCCUGUUCUUGCCUCCAGUUCUGGUUCUGGCCAUGGCUCUGGUCAAGGCACUGGUCCUGAUUCUGGCUGUGGUCCUGCCUGUGACUCUGGGCCUAGUCCAGGCUGUGGCAAUGGCCCUGCGCUCAGCCCUGACAUGCUUACAAGCUCCAAAAAUCCAGGGUCAAACCUGGUCCCUAAUUAUGCCUCUGGAAAUCACUACCAACACUGGGAGCCUAAGAAACAACAUUGGAAAUUUUUGCAAGUUUCAGAACCUGCUGCCAGAGGGCCCUGGAAGCCCCCCAAGGAUGGAGGGAAGUGUGAGGUUCUCAGCAAAACAUUGCCACGGGGCCAGUGCCUUCUCUACAACUGGGAGGAAGAGAGAGCCACCAACCACCUGGAUCAAGUCCCAAGCAUGCAGGAUGGCUCCGAGAGUUUCUAUUUCCGACAUGGACAUCAGGGACUGCUAACCCUGCAGCUACAGGCACCCAUGCCCCACAGCACCACCCAGAAAGACUCCUACCAGCCCCCAGAAGACCGCUUUCAGCCAAUGAGAGGGAAGCGCGAAGCCAUGCUGGAGAUGCUCCUGCACCACCAGAUCUGGAAAGAGGUGCAGGCAGAGCAGGAACCCCCAAGGGAGCACUUUGAGGCCGAGUCUGUGACACACCAUGACUACCAAAAGGAGCCGGCACAGGCAGGGCCUCCUGCCCCAACAAAGCCUCACGACUACCGUAAGGAGCAGCCUGAAACUUUCUGGAUACAGAGGGCACCACAGCUACCGGGUGUCAGUGACAUCAGGACACUGGACACACCAUUCCGGAAGAACUGCAGCUUCUCCACACCAGUGCCUUUGUCCCUGGGGCAGCCUUUGCCCUAUGAACUUGAGAAUUAUUCCUACCAGUUGGGAGAACUCUCUUCCCUUGGCUGUCAGGGAAGAGGGCAGGGUGGCAGAGCAGGUAGAAGUAUGUAAGGCUCGAGGAGGGGAGUGCGGUGUCUAGUUCUGUCUGUACUGGAGAGGUGGGGACGAAAUGAAUUCUGUUUGUACUGGGUGAAGGGGCUUUCCAUAAAGGGUUCUUUCUG